ACCGCCGCCCCCUUUUCUUUUCUUCCCUCUCUCUAGUGAAGAGUAAACACUGCUGCCCUCAUCCUGACAGUGUGAAGCGGAUACAAGGUUUCCAGUGUUAGAUUCACCAUGGGGAUCAAGGCUGCCCUCCCCAGAUAUGAGCUGUAUCUCUACACAGCUGUCCUCGGCGUGGCCGUCAUAUGGGCAGGAAGCUGGAUACUGGAAGCUUCAAGUGAGAAUGUAAGCAGAAAGGCCUUCAAGGAAAGUGUGAAACCAGGAUGGCAUUACUUUGGCAGGAAAAUGGAUGUUGCGGACUUCGAGUGGGUGAUGUGGUUCUCUACAUUCCGUAAUCAUAUCCUUUUUGCUCUCAUGGGUCACGUUAUCUUUGCCAAGAUAUUUUCCCUGCUAGCUCCAAAGAUUGGUAUAAAUGGAUGUAAGCACAGAUCCCUGGUCUUCUGUGUGUACGGUGGUUUGUCGGUGCUGGUGACGAUGGGCUGGACCUUCAUGGCGCUGGUCCUGUCCCACUGCUUCGUCCUCUACAGCGUCGCUCGCCUCAAGAUGAAGUGGUUGGUGUUUGUGGGCGGGCUCACCACGCUGGCGUCAAUCAAACUGGAGCCGUAUAACUCCUGGCAGGAAACCUUGGUAACGGGCUCCUUUGACCUGCAAGACAUCCUGUUCUACGGAGGAAUCGGCUUCAGCAUCAUUCGCUGCAUGAGCUUCGCUUUGGAGAACUGUGAGAAGAAAGACGGCAACUUCACCUUCUGUGACCUGCUCAAAUACAACUUCUACCUCCCCUUCUUCUUCUUCGGACCCAUCAUGACUUUCGACAGGUUCCACGCCCAGGUGAACAACACUCAGCUGAUCCGUAAAGAUUGUGAGCUGUGGAACAUCACCACCAAGGCUCUGCUGCAUCUGGGAGUGAUCCUGAUGGUGGACGUCUUCUUCCACUACCUCUACAUCCUCACCAUCCCCAGUGACAUGAAGCUGGUCACCAAGCUGUCUGACUGGUGUCUGGCUGGUCUGGCGUAUUCCAACCUGGUGUAUGACUGGGUGAAGGCAGCCAUGAUGUUUGGAGUCAUCAACACCGUGUCCACUCUGGACCACCUGGACCCUCCUCAGCCCCCCAAGUGUAUCACCAUGCUCUACGUCUUCGCAGAGACGCACUUUGACAGAGGCAUCAACGACUGGCUGUGCAAGUAUGUUUAUGAUUAUAUUGGUGGCGAUCACGACAAAAUCUUCAAGGAGCUGCUGGCGACCUUCUGCACCUUCGCCAUCACCACCCUGUGGCUGGGCCCCUGUGAGCUGGUCUACAUCUGGUCCUUCUUCAACUGCUUCGGACUCAACUUUGAGCUCUGGGUGGCAAAGUUCUUCUCGCUUCCACCAUUUUCCACCAUAGAGGGUCUGAUGGGUGAAGCCAUGUCACGCAGGAUCCGCGGUUUGUUCAACGCCGCCAACUUCUGGACCAUCGUCCUCUACAACGUUCUCUCCCUCAACAGUUUGGAGUUCGCCAAACUGGUGGGAAGACGACUGAUUUUCAAAGGUUUCCCUCUGUCCUCCCUCUCCGUCUUACUGGUGACCUACUGUGGCGUUCAGCUGGUGAAGGAGCGGGAGAGACAACAAGCUCUGCUGGAGGAACAGGAGCCGGUGAAGCCGGUGGACAAGGAGAAAGAAGAAUAAACAGACAGAUAACAGGGACUGUUAACAGUGUUCCAUCCUGGGCCUUGAGAACUGAACCAACCAGACUGGAGUCGGCUCCUGUAUCCUUCUCAAGCCUCUGUUUGUUUGUUUGUUUGUUUUUCUGCUUUUGUUUGUGAGAAACGAGGCGAAAUGUCUCGAACUGUGAAAACUCCUCUAUCCUCCUCAAGUGCACUUGCUGUAGAUAAUCGCCACGUCCUUUGGCACAAACACACCGAUGGUGCAUUUUAUAUUUUAUCUGAACAAAAGAUUGUUAUAAACAAACGACAAGCCUGCUAAAUGUUAUAAAUACAGACAGUAUUGUAAAGAAACUUUCACUGUAAAAAAAAAGGGAGUAUAAAAACAAUAAAAACAUUAAAUCUGAGGGAAAUGA